AUGAGGGUCCUCAUCCUUGCCUGCCUGGCGGCCCUUGCCCUUGCAACGGAGACUGUAGAAAGCCUUUCAAACACAGAGGAAUCCAUUACACACAUCAACAAAAAAUCUGAGAAGUCUGAAAAUGACAAAGAGCAGCAAAGACAGGAUGAACACCAGGAGAAAAUCCAGUCCCCUGUCCAGACACAGGCUCUUGUCUAUCCUUUUGCUGAGCCCAUCCCCUACACUGUCCUUCCACAAAAUAUCCUGCCUCUUGCUCAGCCUGCUAUGGUGCUGCCUGUCUUUCAGCCUGAAGUGAUUCAAGGUUCCAAUUCUAAGGCAACCAUCUUUCCUAAGCGCCAUGUGAUGCCAUUUCUUAAAUCUCCAGCAGUUCCAAUUUUUCAACGCCAAAUCCCAAAUCUCACUGAUCUCAAAAAUCCACAGCUUCCUCUGCUCCAGCCCUUGAUGCACCAGGUGCCCCAGCCUCUUAUCCAGACUCCCAUGCUUCCUACUCAGCCCCUGCUUUCCCUUCCUCAACCCAAAGCCCUGCCUCUUUCCCAGCAAGUGAUCACCUACCCUCAGAGAGAUAUGCCCAUCCAAGCCCUUCUGCUUUACCAAGAGCCUCUGAUUGACCCUACCCAGGGGUCCUACCCUGUGACUCAACCUAUUGCCACAGUUUACAGCUUGCAACAACUGUGGAAAAACACAGACAACAGCGUAGUGACUGAUGGGCAGGGGGGCAUGGUUGGAGGUGGAAGAAGAUGUAGGGGGCAUAAAUGCUUCUAUCAGAGCAUCAAGAGCCAGUACCACAGUCAGAAUGAGCUGGGAUCCUUGCCUUUAGCCAGUAAUGCUCCCAAACCAAAGGCUAACAGCAUUGAAGUUGAUCCACCUGAGUUUACACAAUGA